AGGGACUGACCCAAUUUAAAUAUUUUUGCUGGCAAUUUUAAAGUGCCAAACGUCAAAGUGGACUGAUACGCGAGUGUUGUUAAAAAUCGUAGUAAAAUGCAUAAAAUCGUAAUUACAAACGAUGGGGUUUGGUGUUGAGGCAUGUUUUGUGUGUGAAACAUUAAGUGUAAACAGUUGUGCAAGUGAACAAGCAGAGCGGUGGAGGACUUUCCCGCUGGUGAGCCGGGGCGGUGUCGUAGCGCGGAGGCUGAGGCCCGAGCAGCGCGCACAGGCGGCGGGCGGCCACGGCGCCCUAGCAUGUGUCUCCGGUCAUCGUGCUGGCCGCUCUCAACAAUAAUAUAGGCGAGCAUGUCGGGCUCGGCGGCGGGCGGCAGCGCGGCGGCGGGCGGGCUGGGCGGCGCGCUGGGCGGCCUGGGCGGCUCGCUGGAGGACAAGGACUGCGACCUGCUGUGCCCCGUGUGCUUCGAGCUCAUCGACGAGGCCUACGUCACGCGCUGCGGACACUCCUUCUGCUAUGCCUGCAUCAGCAAGGCGGUGGAGCUGCACCGGCGCUGCCCCAAGUGCGGCGCGGCGCUGGCGUCCCGCGACCACAUCUUCCCCAACUUCCUGCUCAACGAGCUGGUGGCGCGGCGGCGCGUGCGGGCCCGCGCCUCGCCCGCGCCCGCGCCCCGCGCGUGUGUCCGCGCGCUGGUGGCGGCCGAGGCGCGGCGCCUGCCGCUGGCCGACGUGGACGCCAUGCUGGAGCUGCUGACGCGGCGCAAGCGGCUGCUGGAGGCGGAGUGCGCGGCCUCGCACCACCGCCUGCUGUACGAGUUCCUGGCGGCGCUGCACCGCAACCGCGCGCACCAGCUGGAGAGCAUCGCGCGCGAGGCCGCGCUCGUGCGCCGCGACAUGGAGCACGUGGCCGCCGUGCUGGCCGACCUGCGCCGCGGCGCCGCCGGCCUGGCGCGGCUGCCGCCCGCGGACCCCGCCGAGCAGGCGGAGGCGGGCGACGCGCCCGACGCCGUGCAGGCGCUGCGCCGCGAGCUCGCAGACCUGGCCGGCAGCGUCGGCGACACGGCGGCUACUACCGACGGAGGAUCAUUAGUGGACGUGGGCGGCUCUGGCGCGGGUGAGGAGGAGAGCUUCGCGGGCGGCGCGGCGGCCGGCGGCGACGCGCUCGCCGCGCGCUGGCGACGCCUGCACGCGCACUUCGACGACUUCGUGCAGUGUUACUUCGCUCACCGCGCGGAUGAGCUGUACUUCCCGGGCUCGUCGUCCGCGACACCCGCGCCCCCCGCCUUCCCCACCCCCGAGAGCACGGGACCCGGCAGCGCGGGGCCUGCCAGUGCCGCCGGCGGCAGCCCACUGGGCCCCGCCGCGCCCGACGCCGACCACGUGCCGCAGGGGCCCGAGCCGCGCGCCUCGCAGCACGGCGGCGACCAGCGCGCGCCCGACGACGCGCCGCCCGGCACGCAGGCGCCGAGCGCGGGGCCGCAGGGGCCCGAGGCGGAGGGGGCCCGGGCGGCGCUGCGGCCGCGGGGGCUGGACGCGUUCCGCGAGGACCUGCUGGCCUUCACGCGGUACCGCGCGCUGCGGCCGCUCGCCACGCUGUCGUACUGCAGCGACGCCAUCAACUACUCCACCAUCGUGUCCACCAUCGAGUUCGACAAGGACGACGAGUUCUUCGCCAUCGCCGGCGUCACCAAGCGCAUCAAGGUGUUCGAGUACGAGAGCGUGGUGCGCGACUGCGUCGACGUGCACUACCCCUGCGCCGAGAUGCAGUGCAGCCACAAGAUCUCGUGCGUGUCGUGGAACGCCUACCACAAGAACGUGCUGGCGUCGGCCGACUACGAGGGCACGGUGGCGGUGUGGGACGCGGGCACCGGCCAGAGGACCCGAGCCCUGCACGAGCACGACAAGCGCUGCUGGUCCGUGCACUUCAACCGCGCCGACGUGCGGCUGCUGGCGAGCGGCUCGGACGACGCGCGCGUCAAGCUGUGGGCGCUGAACGCCGAGCGGUCCGUGGCCACGCUGGAGGCCAAGUUCAACGUGUGCUGCGUGCGCUUCAACCCGCGCUCGUCGUGCCACCUGGCCUUCGGCUCGGCCGACCACUGCGUGCACUACUACGACCUGCGCGCGCCGCGCGAGCCGCUGGCCGUGUUCCGCGACCACCGCAAGGCCGUCUCCUACGUCAAGUUCCUGGACGCCCGCACCCUGGUGUCGGCCAGCACGGACUCGGCGCUGAAGCUGUGGCGCGUGGAGUCGCCGCGCUGCGUGCGCAGCUUCACGGGCCACGCCAACGAGAAGAACUUCGUGGGGCUGGCGACGGACGGGCGCUACGUGGCGUGCGGCUCGGAGAACAACGCGCUGUACGUGUACUACGCGGGGCUGUCGCGGCCGCUGCUGGCGUACCGCUUCGACGCCGUGCGCGGCUUCCUGGAGCGCGAGCGGCGCGACGAGGAGCCCUCGGAGUUCGUGUCGGCCGUCUGCUGGCGCCGCCACGCCGCCGAGCGCGUGCUGCUCGCCGCCAACUCGCAGGGCACCAUCAAGGUGCUGGAGCUCGUCUAGACGAGCUCCCACUUCAAAUCCUCUAUAUUUUUAAUAAGACUUUUAUUCUGUCUGCGAUAGUACUGUAAGUAGCGAUGUGGCGGGCAGUGUACGCUACGUGUAUGUGUAGCAGUGUCGGACUCGUGCCAAACUGUAGCAUAGUGUAUAUGUGUCGCGCAGUAAAGUGUCCCUUACCACUCCCA